GUACUGUAACUCAGGCUGCGACGCCUUGAACUUCAAAGUCGUCGUCGAUGCUCUAGUUCCAGUUCUACUUGCCAUUCAAUUGCGCUCUGUACUCACUCAGACUGCUUGGUACUUGACGCGGAAACCGUGGCUGUUUACACUAAAACCAUGAAGGCGACUGCGUCAGCAUCACAGGUCGACGAUAUACCCCUCCUCCAACUUGUGGAGUUGCUUCGGGCGAGAGUCGCAAGAGAAUGGGUUACAACCAGGUCUGUACGCCAAAUACUUUUCGUCACCGGCAUCUCUGCUCAUCUGUCCAAAGUCCAUCUCUGGCGAAAGAAGUGGCAUCGUCGCUCCGCGCUGCUCUGCUGGAUGCGCAGAAGGCAAUGGACGUGACACUUCGCUUGCCUACUGAGAUCCUUCGCUUGGUCUUCCAGAGUUAUCUUGUCCAGUCAAGCGAUGUCGUGCCCCUGACGCACGUCUGCCGGCGCUGGAGGGACAUAGCAAUCAACAUGCCGGAGCUGUGGACUACCAUUGACGAUACGAAUCGGAUACCUUACGAAUGUCAUGCGGCGCGAUCCGGGGUGCUCCCGCUCAAGUUCUUCGUCGCAGAUGAACCGGAAUCGCAUCCAGACGUUCCAAGGUGGCUACGUGCCCAUGCGAACACUAUUCAGGAGUUUCACUCUGUCGAAGCCUGCGGAUCAACUAGAUACGAUUGGCGCAAGCUGCUGCGAACGUUUCUUCCCAACCUUCGCAUCGCCACUCUAACGAUGCCUUCAGACGAGCGGACAUUUAAACUGUUCGGAGGGACAAUCUCGCUGCAGGAGUUGUCCAUGCAAUCACUCGAUUGGCUGCCGACAAAUCAUUUCCCCAACUUAACUCGGUUCUACCUGACACACUGGGCUGGGCAUGGGCCCGACCUCCUCAACUUCCUGAAAAAUUGCCCAAAUCUCGUCGACUCUCUUUGGUGUAUGUUACCGUCUGAGGGCGUGGUCGUGGAGUUACCCCAUCUUCGGCGGCUCACGUUUGAGGAUGCCGAUGAAGACAAUGUUCAGCGACUCUUGCUAUGCAUUUGUGCGCAUUGCGAUGCCGCCUUACGCGUACGUACGUAUGAUGAAGAGUGUUACAGCCCCUUCAGCUGCGAGGACAUCAACAGUAUAUCCCAGCUCCCCUCUGCCAAAACAUGCACUAGGCUCGAGCUUCUUGUACACGCGCAUCCCGAAGAGGCUGCCUUAUCCUGUUCGGUGGCUGCUUUGGGGCAGACGUCCGGUGUUUACGUCGACGACCUGUUCGUCCUCGACCAAGGGGCCCCCAAACACUCGGAAUUGGCGCGAUUGAUCCCCCUGGCUCAAAUUGAGGAGCUGUGGCUCGUGGAAGAGCAUGGAUGCAUGCCAAUCCAUCAUAUGGUACUACAAGACAUGCUCCGCCCCAUGAAGGCAUUACGGAAACUCGUCGUCACGAGCCGACACCAUGCGUUAGACGAAGUCAUCAUGGCCCUCUUGUGCCUACAGAACGAGCGGCCACCCAUACAGGAUCUCCAUCUUCUUGUCAACUCACUACCACGGGUUGAUGGUCCUCUCGUUCAGAACAUCGCAUGGCUCAGAGAAACGAAGAUACCUCACGUUACGAUCAUGAUCCCCGAGGACUAUGCGGCGGGGCACAACCUUACCUUGGACACAGACGGCUUUGCAUCUGUCAGUGUCCAUACCUGUCGAACGAUGCCGACCAUUGCUCUGCCACCCGUCUGCGCGACAGAAUCAGACAUGUGGCCCGCAUGGGACACUUUUCUGACGCCUCCAUACAGAGUUUACUAGGGACAAUGCGGGUGAAAGUGUCGAUGAAAGCCAGAAUACUGGGACGUGGGCGCACGAGAAAGCAGAAACCUGGCGAUAUGGCCUGCGAUGGGUGCCAGAAUAGUAAUAGGGCAACCGUAUGGGCAUGCGGGAUUUCUACGGAUUAGAGACGCGAGUCGUGGCACGGGCCGAAAUUGUAUCUGCAUCUCAUGAUUUCAUGGGAGACAGUCUCGCCUUCGCCAACAACCGGCGUACUGAAAUGAGUGGUGCUAG